AUGAUUAUAAGUAAAAGCAAUGUCUGCUUAACUAAGACCAAAGCCCUCAAUGUUGAUGUUCUCAAGACUAACAUUUCCAGAAAACAUAAAUUUGUUGCUGAUGGAGUUUUCUAUGCUGAACUUAAUGAACUCCUUCAAAGAGAACUUUCAGCUGAUGGAUAUUCAGGUGUCGAAGUUAGAAAGAAUGGAUCUAAAUUCCAAAUUAUUAUUAGAGCUACAAGAACUACUAACAUCAUUGGAGAUAAAGGAAGAAGAAUUCAUGAAUUAACCAAUCUUCUUAUUGCCAGAUUUGGAUUCCCAAAAGACAAGAUUGAACUUUACGUUGAAAAAGUUCUUGCUAGAGGACUUUGCCCAGUAUCUCAAGCUGAAUCUAUUAAAUAUAAGAUUGCUGAAGGUCUUCCAGUCAGAAGAGCUGUUGGAUCAGUCAUGAGACUUAUUAUGGAAUCAGGUGCUAAAGGAUGUGAAGUUUCCAUCUCUGGUAAAUUAAGAGGACAAAGAGCUCAAGGAAUGGUCUUUAAGGAAGGAUAUAUGAUCAAAUCUGGUAAUGCUACUAGACAAUUCUAUUCAUCUGCUGUUAGAUGUGUCCUCCUUCGUAUGGGUAUCAUUGGUAUUAAAGUCACUAUUAUGUUAGAUACUGACCCAUCUGGAAAGAAUGGACCAGCUGCUAGAAUUCCUGAUGUUGUUGAAAUUAAGACUCCAAAGGAUGAAUCAACUACUGUUAAAACUGAAGUUAUUCCAGCUAACAAACAAUAA